CAGUCAGUUUGUCCACAAUUUUAUGUGUCACACGCGUUAUAUUAAAUUUAAAAAACACAAAAACAAUAUUAAAAACAACCCCUAAAAUUAAUAAACUAAACAACAACAAAUAUCAUUUAUAAUUAUUGUCAAAAAAAAGUAUUCAAAUUAUUAAAACAUUCAUGUGUAAAGAUAAAUAAAAGAAAUAACAAUUUUUUUUUUUACCUGAAAGCCCAGGUAAGAAACCUGGAUUCUUGCAGGGUUGCCAGGUGAACGUGACUCGCGUACUAUACAAAAAAAUACACACAAACCAAGUGCCAAGUAAAAGUCUAAAAAUUUUUAUAAUCAUUCAUUCGCGUCCUUAAAAAAUAAUUAUAUUUGACGUUAAAUUAAAAAAUUAUCUUGAUCAAUGUGAAAAAAAAUAAAUGAAAAAAAAAAUGUGAUUAUUUGUGAUAAUUGUGUGUGAAGAUAAUUUUGUUUUAUAUUUUCCAGGAAGUUAAUAAUAUUUUUGAUAAUAAUAAUAGAAAAUAAAACAAGAAAAAGGUGAAAAAUUAAAAUUGAAAAAAAAAAAAAAUAACAAUGGAACGAAGAAGGUGGAACUGUUGUUUACUAUAUUUCGUGUGAAAGUUUUAAAUUGUGAAUUUGUUUAGUUAUUGUUAUUAUUUAUAAAAUGGAAUUUACGUUAAUCAAAAAGUCAAAUUACCACAAAAUGGCUAGGAAAUUAUUGAUAUUAUUAAUUUUUUUUGCUGGUUGGAGUAUUGUUUACGGAACAGAUACAGACACCCUUCAAGAGCCAAAAUUUGUAUUACAACCUUCUGGUGUUAGUAAUAUACUCAUUGAAAAUAGCACAAAAUUUUUACAAUGUCUUGCAAGAGGUUCACCACAACCAAAAUACAGAUGGUACAAGGAUGGAAAACCAUUGUCAAAUGAAUUAACAACUGAAGCAUUUUGGCGUAUUCAAAGUCCAAAAAGAAAUGAUGCUGGUAUAUAUUAUUGUGUUGCAACAAAUGAAGUUGGUUCAAUAUUUAGUGAAAGAGUUAAAUUCACAGUUGCAUAUAUGGGAAUAUUUAAAGAACAAAAUAUUGUAUCAAUAAAUGUAUCAUAUGGUGAUGCUGUUGUAUUAAAUAUGCCAUUUAUUGAAAGUAAUCCAAUACCAGUUGUAACAUGGUUAAAUGAUGAGGAUCGUCCAGUACCAGAUUACAGUAUAAAACAUAUUACAAGUAAAAAUAAAUUAAUAAUAUUAAGUGCAACUGAAAGUGAUAAUGAUUUAUAUCGUGUUAGUGCAAUGAAUCUUGAUAUUGGUAAACAAGAAUAUUCAUCAUUUAUUAAUUUAAGUGUUACUGGUGAUCAAAAUAAUGAAAUAAUACCAAAAAUUAUUAUUCCACCAAGUAAUAUGACUAUUAUUAAAAAUCAACAAUCAAUACCAUCAUUAGAUUGUAUAUCAAAUGCUAAAACAUUGUAUGAAUUAAAAACAUUAUGGACAAAAGAUGGUGUACCAAUUGAAAAUUCAAAUGUAUUAUAUAAAUUUAAUGAUGAUUGGAAUCGUACAUUACAAUUAAUGUCACCAAAUUUAACUUAUACUGGUAUUUAUACAUGUUGGGUUAGUUUGAUAACUGGUGAAUAUCCAAUGAUUAAUGCAACAGCUAAAAUUGAUGUUAUUGAAAAACCAAAAUUUUUGACUGAAUUAAAUAGUGAAACACAUGGUGAAUAUGGUAGUUCUGUUAAUAUACCAUGUAAUGUUAUUGGUGUACCAAUGCCAAAUAUAUCAUGGUUUCAUAAUGCUGAAUCUAUUCAUAAAUUUAGUAAUAAUAGAUUCCAAAUUGAAGAAAAUGGAUCAUUGACAAUAAAACGUUUGAUAAUGGAAUACGCUGGAAUGUUUCAAUGUUUAGCAUCAAAUGAUGCUGGUGAAACGUCAAGUUAUACUUGGCUUAAAAUUAACACAACGAAAAUAUUGAAGCGUUCACCACGUUGGGCUAUGGUUGGUGGAUAUCGUGUUGUCAGGAUGCGAGAAUCAGAUCGACACUUUGAAUUCACACAAUAUCCAGAGACAUCAACUCCAAUAUUAGAAUCAUUUCCACGUAAUAUGACUGUUCUUGAUGGUAAAGAUGCAACAUUUACAUGUCGUGCUGUUGGUGCACCACAGCCAAAUACAACUUGGUAUUUUAAUGAUACAUCUGUACUGGAAAUUGCUGGACGUGUUCAGUUACUUGAUUCUGGUGAUUUAUCAAUAACAUCUGUAAAAUUAAGUGAUGCUGGAAGAUACACUUGUGUACGUCAAAAUGGUGUUGGUUCAGUAAAUGCAUCAGCAUAUUUAUCUGUUCAUAUAAGAACUCAAAUAAUACGUCCACCAAUGGACACAUCAGUGUUACUUGGUCAUACAGCAAAGCUAAAUUGUAUGGUAAUAACAGAUCCAAGUAUAUUAUUUGACAUUGAUUGGUAUCAUAAUUCACAAUUAAUAAAUACACAUACAAAUACAAGAAUUAAAAUGGAAUCAUCUGGUGGUCUUGAAAUAAUAGCUGUACGUCCAAUUGAUGUUGGUGAAUAUACAUGUACAGUUAUAUCACCAGGUGGUAAUGAUACACGUUCAGCACGUUUAUCAGUUAUUGAAUUACCAUUUGCACCAAUAAAUGUAAUUGCAAAUCAUGUUGAUAAUUUAUCAUCACGUAUAAUAAAUAUAACAUGGGUACCUGGUUUUGAUGGUAAUAGUCCAAUAAAUAAAUUUAUUAUUGAAAAACGUAUUGUACCAGAAAUGAGUCCAAUUGUUGAUAGUUUAUCAAAUUGGAUAAUUGAAAAUAAUAAUAUAUCAUCAAUAAAUAGAUGGAUAUUAUUAGAAAAUUUAAAAGCAGCAGCAGCAUAUCAAUUUCGUGUAACAGCUGUUAAUUUAGUUGGUGAAGGACCACCAUCUGAACCAAGUAAUGUUAUAAUAUUACCACAAGAACCACCAUCAGGUUCACCAAUUGGUUUUGCUGGUAAUGCACGUUCAAAUUCUGAAAUAAUAACACAAUGGCAAGCACCACUUGAAGAACAUCGUAAUGGACAAAUAAUUGGUUAUAUAUUACGUUAUAGAUUACAUGGUUAUUAUGAUAAAAGUCCAUGGAUUAUACAAAAUAUAACAAAUGAAGCACAAAGAAAUUAUCUUAUAUCUGAUUUAAUAACAUGGAAAGAUUAUGUUGUACAAAUUGCUGCAUAUAAUGAUAAAGGUAUUGGUAAAUAUACUGAUGGUUUAAUUAUUAAAACAAAAGAAGGUGUACCAGAAGCACCACCAACAAAUAUACAUGUUAAAUCAUUAAAUUCAACAUCAAUUAAAGUAUGGUGGAAACCACCAAAUCCACAAAAAAUUAAUGGUAUUAAUCAAGGUUAUAAAAUACAAGCAUGGAUUAAUAAUAAUAAUGAUGAUAUUAUUUAUAAAUGGAUUAAAGUACCACCAAGUUUAUUUGAUCCAUUAGCUGAACAAUCAGCAAUAAUAAAUGAUUUAAAAAAAUAUACAUUAUAUAAUAUAACUGUACUUUGUUUUACUGAACCUGGUGAUGGUGAAAAAAGUCAACCAAUUGAAAUAAGAACAUCUGAAGAUGUACCAACUGAAAUAACAAAUUUACAAUUUCAUAAUAUUAGUGAUCGUUCAUUAACAGUAACAUGGAAUAAACCAAAUGAAAUUAAUGGUAUAUUAUUAAUGUAUCAAUUAAAAUAUAAUAUUAUAAAUAAUAUUGAUACAAUGAAAAUUGUUAAUUUAACAUCAAAUGAAACUAGCUAUAUUAUUAAUAAUUUACAAUCAACAACACAUUAUAAAAUUGAUAUUAAUGCAUGGACAUCAAUUGGUUAUGGUAAAUCAAAAAUAGCAACAAUACAAUCUGGUAUUGAACCAGUACUACCAGAACCACCAACAAAAUUAGCAUUAAGUAAUAUUGAUGCAUUUUCAGUUGUAUUACAAUUUACACCUGGUUUUGAUGGUAAUUCAUCAAUAACAAAAUGGUUUAUUGAAGGACAAACAAAACGUAAUUUAACAUGGUUUAAAUUAUAUGAAGUUAGUGAUCCAAAUGCAAGUACAAUUAAAGUAAAUAAUUUAAUACCAUUUACAAUAUAUAAAUUACGUUUAAUAUCAUGUAAUAUUGUUGGUUUAUCAAAACCAUCAGAAUCAACAAAAGAAUUUCAAACAAUACAAGCACCACCAUCACAUCCACCACGUAAUGUUACUGUACGUGCAAUGAGUGCAACUGAAUUACGUGUACGUUGGAUACCAUUACAACAAAUUGAAUGGUAUGGUAAUCCACGUGGUUAUAAUAUAACAUAUAAUGAAUUACGUACAAAUACUGUUAAAUCAAUAUCAAUUGAUGAUCAUACAGCAAAUUCAUUUAUAUUAUAUAAUAUGGAAGAAUAUGAAUUAUAUACAAUAACAAUGCAAGCAUAUAAUGAUGUUGGUACAUCAUUAACAAGUCCAAUUGCAAUUGAAAGAACACGUGAAUCAAAACCAUCAAUGGGACCAUCAAAUGUUGAUGCAAAUGCAACAUCAUCAACAACAAUAUUAGUUAAAUGGAAAGAUGUACCAAUAAAACAUCAAAAUGGACAAAUUGAAGGUUAUAAAGUAUAUUAUGGUGCUAAUGAUAAAUUACCAUUUAAAUAUAAAAAUAUACCAAAUAAUAAAACAUUUACAACAACAUUAACUGAACUACGUAAAUUUGUUAUAUAUCAUAUACAAGUAUUAGCAUAUACAAGACUUGGUGAUGGUAUAUUAUCAACACCAUCAAUACGUGUACAAACAUUUGAUGAUGUACCAGGACCACCAUCAAAUUUAUCAUUUCCUGAUGUAUCAUAUACAACUGCUAGAAUAAUAUGGGAUACACCAGAUGAUCCAAAUGGUGAAAUAUUAGGUUAUAAAGUAUCAUUUAAUUUAAAUUCAUCAUCAAUUGAACAACAACAACAAAUUUAUACUAAAGAAUUUUCAGCAUCUGAUCGUACAUUUAAAGCUGAUAAUUUAGAAUCAGAAAAAUAUUACAUGUUUUCAGUAACAGCUAAAACAAAAAUUGGAUGGGGUAAAACAGCAUAUGGUAUUGUAUUAACAACAAAUAAUCGUGAUAAACCACAAUCACCAUCAAAACCAAUAAUAUUACGUUCACAAAUACAAAGUAGACAAAUAACAUUUUCAUGGACACCUGGACAAGAUGGUUAUGCACCAUUACGUUAUUAUACAAUUGAAAAAUCCGAAAAUAAUGGACAAUAUCAAUUAAUUAAUGAAAAAAUUGAUCCAUCAUUAAAUUCAUAUACAGCAAUUAAUUUAAAACCAUUUACAUAUUAUAAAUUUCGUAUACAAUCAACAAAUGAUAUUGGACCAUCUGAAUGGAGUGAAGAAUCACAAGUAAUACAAACAUUAUCAGCAUCACCAGAUAUUGGUAUUAGUAAUUUAAAAGUUGUACCAAUAACAACAACAAGUGUUGAAGUACAUUGGGAUGCUAUUGAUGAAAUACAUUGGAGUGGUGAUUUUAAUACUGGUGGUUAUCGUAUUGUUUAUCAGCCAGUUAGUGAUUAUCCAACAGCAAUACAAUUAACACCUAAAAAAGAUAUUAUUGGUAUUAAUAAUACAAAUAUGAUAUUAACUAAUUUAAUGGAAAAUCAUAAUUAUGAAAUUAUUGUAUUACCAUUUAAUUCAGAAGGUGAUGGUCCACCAUCACCACCAAUAACUGUUUAUGUUGGUGAAGCAGUACCAACUGGUGAACCACAAAAUGUUAAUGCAACAUCAUUAUCAUCAACUGAAGUAUUAUUAAAAUGGACACCACCAAAUAUUAAUAUGCAAAAUGGUGAUUUAUUGGGUUAUAAAAUUUUUUAUAUUGUUAUUAAUUCACCACAAUUAUCAUCAACAAAUAAUAAUAAAAAACAAGAAGAAGAAAUUGAAGUUGUACCAGCAUCAUCAUUACAGCAUAAUUUAGUAUUUUUAGAUAAAUAUACUGAAUAUAAAAUACAAGUAUUAGCAUUUAAUCCAGCUGGUGAUGGACCAAGAUCAAAACCAAUUAAUGUUAAAACUAAACAAGAUUUACCUGGUAUACCUGGUAAUUUAACAUUUACUGAUAUUACAAUGACAAGUAUGAUUGUAACAUGGGAACCACCAAAAUUUAAAAAUGGUGAUAUUAAUGGAUAUAUUGUGACAUAUGAAACAGCUGUACAAAAUGAUAAAUUUAGUAAACAAGUUAAACAAACAGUAACUAAUACAAGUUUUCUUGUUCAACCAUUAGAAGAAGAAGUUAUGUAUACAUUUACAGUUAGAGCAUUGACUAUUGAUCUUGGACCACCAAUAUCUGGUAAUAUUACAACUGGACCACAAGAAGGAUCACCAAAAUCACCAACUGAUCUUGUAUUAGCAGCAACACGUUCAAGUGUUGAACUUAAAUGGAAUAAUGGUGCAUCUGGUAAAGGACCAAUCAUUGGUUAUUACAUUGAAGCACGAAGAAAAGCCAUGGAAAAUUGGCAGCAUCAGGAUUCAAGAUGGUAUACAAUUACAAAAAUAUGUAAUGGACCACUAACUGAUUAUGCAGUAUCAUAUCAAACUUUAUUACCAUCAACAUUUUAUCUAUUUCGUGUAAUAUCAUAUAAUCAAUAUGGUAUAAGUUAUCCAGCAUAUACACAUAAUCCACAAGAAACAAUUCAAACACCAUCAAAAUUAUAUCUUGAAUAUGCAUAUCUACAACAUCGUCCAUUUUAUCGUCAUACAUGGUUUAUGGUAACACUUGCUGCAUCAUCAAUUGUCAUAAUAAUAAUGAUUAUUGCUGUAUUAUGUGUUAAAAGUAAAAGUUAUAAAUAUAAACAAGAAGCACAAAAAGCAUUUGAAGAAUCAAUGGCAAUGGAUAUUGAUGAACGUCAUGAAUCUGAUAUAUCAUUAUAUCGUACACGUUCAUCUGGUACUGGUUUAAAUAUUGGUAAUGGUUGUGGUACAUUAGGUAAAAAAAAUACAUUAAAUAGAAAAACAAUACAUCCACAAUUACCACCACCAAUACAUGGUAAAUCACCACCAAGACCAUCACCAGCAUCUGUUGCAUAUCAUAGUGAUGAAGAAAGUCUAAAAGGAUAUGAUGAAAAUCCAGAUGAUAGUAGUGUUACAGAAAAACCAUCUGAAAUAAGUUCAUCUGAUUCACAAGCAUCAGAUAGUGAAAAUGAAAGUGUUCAAUCAGAUCCACAUUCAUUUGUAAAUCAUUAUGCAAAUGUUAAUGAUUCAUUACGACAAUCAUGGAAACGACAAAAACCAGUUAGAAAUUAUUCAUCAUAUACAGAUUCUGAGCCAGAAGGUAGUGCUGUUGUCAGUCUCAAUGGAGGACAAAUAAUAAUGAAUAAUAUGGCAAGGUCUAGGGCACCAUUACCUGGUUUCUCAUCGUUUGUUUAAUUAUUUAUAUAAAUUAUUUAAACAAAGAAAUAAAAAGAAAAAAAAUCAUGCUAUUUUAAAGUGUGAUAUUUUUUUUUUCUUUUGUUCAAUAUAUUGUGAUAUACAUCAUUAUUAUUUAUAAUUGCUAUUAAUAUUAAUCAUCAAAUCAAUUUUUUUUGCUGAUGCAAAAAUAGGUAGAAUGAGCUUUAUAUAUAUUUAAUUUAAAUAACACAUCAUAUCACUAAUUGAUUUAGAUAGAAAAAGAAAAUAUGAACGUGCCACACACAAAUGAGCUUGAAAAAAUAUAAAUUUGACUUAAAACUAGAAAAAAUUUGACUCAGCCAUUUUUGUAAAUUAAACAUAGGCAUCUUAAUUUUAUAUACCAAUGUACGAUUUUAUUAUAAAAAAAAGUAAUGUCAUAUCGUUAGUUAUUUAAGGAAAUUUUUUGUUUUUUUAUAAGGAAACUUUAGAAAGGUUUUUUCAGGAAUGAAAUUUUAAUCAUAAAUUUGUAAAUUGAAAUUUAAAAUUGAUAAUUUUUUUGAUAGCUUGAUAAUUAUCAUUUAAAUUCAAUUAUUAAUGAUUAUUUUUUUAUUUUAUUUGUAUCUAUUUCAUGAACUUGAUAAUUCGAGCAUAAAAAUAAUUAAAAUGACAUUUAGAAAGAAAUAGUUUCUUCAGGUAGAAUUUAAAACUAAACUUUAUAAAAACAGUCGUAAAUUUAGUGUGAAAAUUCUUUUUCUUUUGGAUCAGAUUUUUAAUUUUUUCUAAAUUAUCUAAAGCUUUCAGUUUCAGACUAAAUUUAAGACUUGUUUUUAUAUUGUUUGGUGCUGGUUUUAGACUCUGGUUGAAGAAUCAAUUUCUUUUAAAAUAGUGUUUUUUUUUAAAUUUUUGAUUGAAUGUUUGAAUUACUAAAUUCAAGGAUACAAAUAUCCAUCUUAAAAUAAUAAUUAACAAUUUAAAAAUAGAGUAUAUAUAUUUAUUUUAAUUUAUCAAAAUUUUAAUUUCUUAAUAAUUUUUUUAAAUUCAAAUUUCGAUAAAUUUAUAAUAAACAAAAAAACUACAUAAUUUUUAUGACAUUCAUUUUUAAAUAAUUACUCAAUAUGAAUGUUUAAUAAUAAUUAUUUUUCUGUUAUUAAAAAAUUUCUGAAUCAACCAAAUAAUUAAAAUUAAAAAAAAAAAAAAAAACAAGUUUGUAAAUAUUUCAACUGCACUUGACUUAAUUUUUUUGUUGUUUUAUUAAUCAAUAUAAUUAACUUUAAGUCAGCAUAAGGGUUUUUUUUUUCUUUUUUUUAUGACCAAUUAUUGGAGGGUAGAAAAAGGCUGAUUAAUUUUUUUUCUUUUUAUACUUUUUGAUUUUUAAUAAAAUCAUGAAAAUAAUUCGACACUGCCCAAACCAUUUAAAAAAAAAAAAAAAACAAAAAAGUAUUUAUCUUAUACUUUAGAUAGAUUUUUCUUAUAAUUAUUUAUACUAUAGACAUAAUUAUUUAAAAAAAUGACAAAUCAAGUGUUUAUUGUUUUUUUUUGCAUCAAUAAAUGUUAUUGCAUUUAAUUAAAAUGAAAAUUUUAUUAAAUAUAUAAAAAAUAUAUAAAUUAUAAAAA